AUUUGAUGAUCGACAUAUUCAUCAGCGUUUACAACAUGACUCAAAAUGGCUGUGCACGUCUCCACUAAACGGCUACUGAAAGAAAGAAACCAAAUCACACCAACUAUUUGUUAGACAUCUGUUAAGGUUUCAGCCAUUUUGGACCAUAGAGAAUAAUUCCACUAUGACAAGCUUCCAGCCUUGGUUGUAAUUGUGGCGCACAUCUCACGCACCUGCAUGGGGAGGAUGGAGAGCGAUUGCAGAAUCCCUAUGUUGUGCUUGAGGCCCAGAGUCCUGGCCUUGCAUGCACUCUUCUGGGGUUUGGUGUCUCUCAGAGUGUUUGGUGCAGCUCUGCUGAGUGAGGAGAAGACCACAGUGGCCAGGCCGGUAACCACCCCCUGUUGGCAAAUGGAGGAGUUUGUGGUUGCGGUGGAAUGCUCCCGGUGCAACGCUUUCCAGUCGUCAUGGGCAGCAUGUAUUCAGACGGGAUACGCGGAGAGGAUCAACUGCACCAAGUCUAAUAAAGAUGAGUACAAGAGCUGCCGCUCUACCCUGAUGGAGGAACACCUUUUCUGGAAGUUUGAGGGAGCUAUGUUGGGCCUCACCAUACUGUUUGCCCUCGUAGUGGUCGCUAGGCAACGUUCGCUGGACCGGCUUGCCUCCGAGAAAGUCCGCAGGCAGAUCGAGUCCAUCUAGCACAGUACACCAGAGUGAAGAAACUAGUAGACCUCACCAGUGGUUCAGCUCAUAAUUUCAAACUCUUAAGAAUUGACACCACAUUUCAACAGCAUGGAGGUCUGAAUAACGUUAUGUCCGACAAUGGGCCAGACUUACUGGAAAACGGUUUCUAAAUUUUGUGGUUGAAGAAAUGAAAAUGAAAUCAAGAUUGACAGUGAAACUCCAGCCCUAAUUUUAACCUGCCAAAGCACAAAUGAUGAACAGUGUCUGGCGUUUGUCAAUGGAAUAUUAAUUCCCUAAAGGGAAUGGGUCUUCUGAGUAGUGAACUUGCGGUACUUUGAUUUAGACGAAGUCUGUGAAAUUGAUGAACGUUGGGAACUGACUGCAUUUUAAGUAGCAGACAACUGAUAGAUUCGUUCAAGCCAAAUACAUGUUUCUUUGACAUUUCAUUUAAAAAGUGGAUUGAAGCUUGUGUUGAAUUUACAGAAAUGUCUGACAAAUGACAGACAAGUUUCUGGCAUGUGUUUCUGUUCUCUGAGAGAACCAAGAAUAUAAUCUAGUGUCAAAUGCCCUGUCUGACUUGGACUAAUAACUAGGGUGUGAAAGGUGAAAUCUUGUGUGUUUGGAGAUUUGGUACAUGAUUCUAAAUGUAAACUAACAUUUGACUACUAUAGUUUUUGAUAGGAUAUAGAGUUAUCAAAUAAGGAUAUAGAGUUAUCCUAUAUACACGACACACUGCACAUCUUUAUUCUGCUUUCAUUCAUUUAAAAACUUUGUUGGAUUUCUGCUGAUAGACUAACUUUUUUCCACCUAGUAAUGUUGGUCUCGGAGCUCAGUGAUUGGCAGUAUUUUCCAGAUUUGUUCAAGCUAAUGAUUUUCAACUGUAAAUCAUGUAUUUUUAGGAAAGAUGUGAGAUGUUUUCCAGCCUCAGCAGCUGACAGAUGAAAAUGAUUUAAGAAUAAAUGGGAAAACACUU